CUAGCGUUGGAAAGUUAUUACAUGGCGUUUGUCGUCCGCGGAACUAUUUUUCAUUUCUAUGUGUCCCAAAUAAUGUUUAUUUAUAAUGUACGCGAGUUAAUUAUGCCAGUGCUGAUUUCGGCGUGAAGUUGUGCGGUCUGGGCGCAUUCAGAUAUGUUCAACAUAAACAAACUAUGUCUGUUCUCCUGUCUGUGCGUGAUUGUUGUUAUUGUCCUCUAUUUUCAAUCAGAAAUUGCACGUUUAGAGGACAAUUAUAGGAAACUAGAGUUUAGGUUGGUGCAAACUCACUCGGAAUCUCGCCAGUUUUUCCCAAAAACUUUAGAAAAAAAUGACGAUGAUACGGUAGUGAUAUACAAUAGGGUCCCGAAGACGGGAUCGACGAGUUUCGUGGGUGUAGCUUAUGAUUUAUGUAAGAAGAACAACUUUAAAGUGUUACAUAUCAACAUAACUGCAAACCGACAUAUCAUGUCCCUAAAUAACCAGUAUAAGUUCGCACAGAAUGUUACUAAAUGGGAUGAGGUGAAGCCGGCACUCUACCACGGUCAUAUGGCCUUCUUAAACUUUGAUCGGUUGGGUGCCUCCUCAAAGCCUAUAUUUAUUAACUUAAUUAGGAGACCCCUUGACAGACUAGUGUCUUACUAUUAUUUCUUAAGGAACGGUGACAAUUACAGACCGCAUCUAGUUCGGAAGAAACAUGGAGAUAAAAUGACGUUCGACGAAUGCGUCGAGAGAGGGCAGCCGGAUUGCGACCCUAAUAACAUGUGGCUACAAGUGCCAUUUUUCUGUGGACACGCAGCCGAGUGCUGGGAACCCGGCAACCAAUGGGCGUUAGACGAAGCGAAACGCAAUCUAGUCAAUCACUACUUACUAGUAGGUGUUACGGAACAAAUGCUCGACUUUAUAACAGUGCUAGAGGCUACCUUACCUCGCUUCUUCAAAGGAGCGACAGAAUACUACCUAAACAGCAACAAAUCACAUCUUCGACAGACCAGCUCAAAAAUAGACCCUAAUAUCUUAACAAUAGAGAAGAUACAGCAAUCAGCAAUUUGGAAAAUGGAAAAUGAAUUAUACGAAUUUGCCGUAGAACAUUUUAACUUUGUUAAAAGAAAGUUACUAGUGAAAGAAGCGAAUAAUGUAGCUCAAAUAUACUUCUAUGAGAAGAUACGGCCUAAAUGAGUGAGUUUUUUAUAUGAUUUUUUAUUUUGUACUCUCUUGUUGUAAGAAUAUGGUCUAUAUUACCUUUUUGAGGUAUGUUUUUUUUGUUUUCGUCUCGAAAUGUGGGUUUGGGUCUACUUUGAUCGUGGAAGUCAGUUUGGAGGCUUAAAGAAUGCUUAGUCUGACUGUUUUUAUACUCAAACUGUAUAAAAGGCUGUUAUCGAUACGUCUUUCUAGUUAAUACUCAAGAUUUUCUUUAAGAAUCUGAGUAAAAAUAAUACUAAUGAAGUUCACUUGUACUUACAUGAUAUUUUAAAAAUGACUUCCAAAAUUAAAGUAGACCUAAACACAAUCUGUGUCUAGUUAUUUAGUAAAUAAUCUAACUGAUAUUAUACAUACAUACAUAUACUUAAUGUAAUGUAUGUUAAAAGUCUCAUAACAUAUACUUAUGUUUACAAUCGAGCACAUAGUAUUAUGUGCACAUCUGCCUAAUGAAUAGGCAAUCUAGUGUAGGAGCCUGUGAACCCAAGACCGUCAUUAUGUUAUAAAAGUUUGUCAGCGCAUGCUCAUAACACAGGUAAAAACGAUGGACUAUUAAAAUGUUUGGACUAUCGUGCCUUUAGUCAUGAACAAUUAGGAUAUUCUGGUUAUUGUAGCUUUUGUGGGUAUAUACUUAACACCGUAGCGAUCCUUUGCUAU